UCAACUCACGCUGUCAUUGCACAACAUGGCGACGACCGUGGAUGGUGGAAGUGCUCCUGUUCCAGGCGCUCAAGGCUCAGCCCCGGCUGAUCCGAGUGCCGAUAGUGAGCAGUUCCAAUACAGUAUGCUUCUGGAACACUUAAUCGGGGAAAAAAGGCAAAUCAAGGACCUAAACCCUACUGUUAUGGGAGGACUUCCAACCCCAUUCAAAUCCGAUGAGGAAAAGAUGAUACAACGGGGAAUGGAGAGCUGUGCUUUCAAAGCAGUCCUGGCGUGUGUUGGAGGCUUUGUCCUUGGAGGAGCUUUUGGUGUUUUCACUGCAGGCAUAGACACCAACGUGGGGUUUGAUCCCAAAGACCCAAUGAAAACCCCCUCAGCACGAGAGGUCCUCAAAGACAUGGGCCAGAGGGGGAUGUCAUAUGCCAAGAACUUUGCGGUUAUUGGCGCCAUGUUCUCCUGUACAGAGUGCAUCAUCGAAUCACACAGGGGUAAAACAGACUGGAAGAAUGCAGUGUACAGUGGCUGUGUAACUGGUGGAUUGAUUGGAUCCCGAGCGGGUUUGAAGGCAGGGGUGCUCGGAUGUGGAGGCUUUGCGGCCUUUUCUGCUGCAAUUGAGUAUUAUCUUAGAUGAACCACUCGGGAGACCACCUGACCUCUGGGGACUAUGUCUGAGGACUCACCAAACUCUCCAACCAGAUGACAGUGCCUCAUGGAAACACAAGCUUAUGAACAUUGCCAUGUUGGCCUGUCUGAACAGCAAGUCCACCUACACUUGGGAAUGGUCAACUCUGGCCAGCUGGCUAUUGUCAUAUUUAGUUUGUCCAGUGCUCACCUACUGAGUGAGUGUCAUAAUGGGUGGGCUUGUUCACCCAUUAUAUGGCAUGCUGGGUUCUCUACCUAUUUCCUGAUAGUCAUGCAAGAAAUUGCCAAUCAACCAAGGUCGGCUAAACAUAAAAGUAGUAUCUACUAACCAAAUGUGGUGGUGCAUAUACAGUAGGCUAUACAUGUCCUUAAAACUGUUGCCCAACAGACACCUGUUUAUUGUACAACAUUAAAACCUGUUACAGUACAUAUUCACGUUCCCCUAAAUUCUAUAGUAAUAAACAAUUGUUUGUAUGUUCACCAGAGAAUAUUCAUUCUGAAAGGAACUCAUGUCUAAUGAUAAAUAAAUGUGCUGUUUGUUAAUAAACAUAUAUAGUCUACAUACAGUAAAAUUGUUUGUUGUUGUGAAUGACUGAGGUAAAUUGACAAAGUGUAAUAAUAAAAUGAAAUCUUUAUACUAUAAACUGUUGCUACCAGUUGCAAAACAGCUGAAAGAUUAUUGUAAUGAAAAAUGACGAGAGCAAUAUUUCAGUACACUUUUAUUUAUUUUACUAAAAAGAAAAAAGUUCACAUGUACAUUUACCCUUGUUAAUACAGUAUACUCAAGUUCUUCUCAAAGGAAGUAAAAUACAACAUUUUUUGAUUUGAUUUUCAUAUUAUAUUAAAAAUAUCAAAUUGUACUCAUCUAACAGUGCGUAUUUAAGAUAUGUAGCAGGCUUGAUAGCAGAAAGGUUGGCUUUGUACAGCACUAAUGGGAGAUUGAUGGUCCAGCAGAAAACCAGCAGUGACAACCUACCUUUGUGUUACCCAGCCUGACUUGAUUGACAAGUUCAACAUGCAAUGAGGGCAACUACACAAAUCAUCCCAUAGAAUAUACUGGCGUCAUAAGACACUCGGAACAGGCUUGCAAUGGAAUGACAAGAAAAAAGCAAAUGUUCCAUCAUUAGUUGAAUUUUUCCACAACCCUCAUCUCAAACACUAUAGAAUCAACUGUUAGAAUUCAUACUUUUUUUAGUUUGUUCCUGUUAUCGUUUCAGUACAGCUUGGCCGUGAAUGAGAAAAUGAGGCUAAAAAACAUCACUACCUGAAAACUUCAAAUGACUGACUCCUUGGAGCAAUUCUCUAGUUGUACUGGACUGUACAGGCACACGUAAUAUAUAUAUUUAUAAUAAAUAGGGCAAAUUUUGGCCAAGACUUACAGAGGGGGGAGGGCUGUGCUUUCAAGCGCACACAGAGAAAUGCGAUGGCUUCCUGUUGUCUUCCAUCACCUUCAUCAACACACACACAUAUGCUCUGGCGAUGCUUAGACAUACUCACACAUAGCCCUCCUCGGUCACAUGCACAAAGCCAAAGGGGAAGAACAAAAAAAAAUCAAAACAAA